UCCCACACUAGUGGAGCUCCACGGUGUGAGCUGUGAUCCUCAGUCCUGCACAGAAGCAUCUCCAGGAGGCGGAAUUGUCCACGCUACAUGAGCACAGGAGGAGGACGGGAGCAGUGGCCAUCCGACUAUUAUUACCGGGUCUUGGACACACCGUACAAAACACAGCACCUUCUUUGGGGGUCUCCUGCCCCCCCUACUUCAUACCCUUACGAGCGAUGGCAUCCGUGGAUCGAUCAACGGGAGCGCGUUGAGGCUCUGAGUGAUGCAGUCUCUGUUUGGCGGAGGGGAGCUGGGGCUGCUCGGAGGAGGUAACGACGCAGGCGGCCUGAAGGAGGAUGGCUGCGGCAGCGUGGCAUGGCGCCCUUCGCCCCUGCCGCCUGAUGACGUCUACUCAGCCUCCCACUUUGCCCUCAUCACGGCCUAUCAGGACAUCAAGACGAGGCUGGCCUGCCUGGAGCGAGAGAACACCAGUAUCAAGAGGAAGCUCAAGAUUUAUGAGAUCAAGUUUCCUAUGAUCAGCGAGUUUGGAGACGACAGUAACUCCUACUGCUCCUUUGAGAGCAAGGAGACAGCUCUGCUGCACUCGGAGAACGGCAACCUGCAGCAGAGAGUCAACGUCCUGACCCACGAGCUCCAGAAGAGAAAGGAGAGGGAGGAGCAGUUGGAGGAUGUGAUCCAAGCCUAUGAGAAGAUUCACAUGGAGAAGAGUAACCUCCAGAGGGAUCUGGACAAGAUGACCAGCCUGGUUGAGAAGCACGUCGAGCGUAUCCUGAGCCUGGAGUCAGCUCUGAGGCAAAGGGACAACUCCUUGCAGAAACUCAACAUGCAACUGCACAGCAAAGACAUGCAGUAUCUACAGCUGCACGCUGGCCCAGAGGCACACAUGCUAGACUGUCCAGCUUUGACCCUUCAGAGCUCCCGCAGCUUAGACGCCCUGUCAGACCUGAAACUGCAGCGACUGGAGGCGGAGCUAGAAGGGGCGCGGCAUGAGGCCCAGGGGGCGUGUCAGCGGGAGGAGGAGCUGAAAACCGAGUGUGAGAGACUGAAGGAGGAGAUGAGACAGCUGCAGAACAGCCAAAGGGAGAGGCAGGAAAUGACUUCGCCAUGCAAGCAGUGUGAUGUGGAGUGGAUAAAGAAGGUGGGAGAUGAGCAGGUAAAUCUAGCUCUGGCCUACACAGAAUUAACAGAGGAGCUGGGUCGCCUUCAAGCAUUGAGCGCCAAGCAGACAGAGAUUCUGAGGAAAGCCUCACAGGAGCAGGCAAGCCCAGUCCAACUCCACUCUCCGAUCCACCACCAGCGUCACUCUCCAGUAUCUCAGCGUCAUUCACCCAUCUCACAGCGUCAUUCUCCAGUCCAUCCUCCGCCGCACCACUCCCCGAUCCAACAGAGACGCUCUCCAUCACUGCAGCGCCUCUCCCCCGACAUGCACCGCCGCUCGCCCCUGCUGGACGUCAGCGAUGGACCGGCGUCCUACUCCUGCCGGCCUCCCACCCAGCACCUGAGGGCCAGCUUCCAGGGCCGUCGCAGUUACUCAGAGGUUGCUGACCCCUCUGCAUACCAGUGCCCACCCCGCUUCUCCUUAGACCCUGUCUCAACCCUGCCUAAACCCAGGCCCUAUAUUGAGGGCUACCCAAAACAGCAGCCUCAGCAUGUGGGCUCCCCUCACAGUGGACUGCAGCACAGAAGCUCCCCCUCUCCCCUUCAAGGCAAUGCAGGAGGAGACAGCAGCCAUGGGGAGAGCUCCAUGCGCCACUCAAGAGAGAUGCCAUUCCCUUUGUCAGAGGUGGCCCACCUGCAUUUUGAGCCCCCUCCCCCUUCCACACCAGCCCCCCAACCACCACAGUCCUCUGAGGAUGAGGAGGAGUGGACCUGCCCACACCCUGUUAGCCCACCACGGACACUGGGCGUGCUCUCUGCUGCAGUGCCCACGGGUGUUAUGAGAGGGCCAGCAUCCUGCUCAGCCUUCCCCAUCCCUCAGAGGUCGAACACCCUCAGCUGCCACCCACAGUCAGGGUACAUGUCUGCAGAACAUGCUCAGUCCUGGCCCUCCAUCAAUCUGUGGAUGGAGACCGAAGAAAGUGACAUGCGCAGCUGCCCUCUCUGCCAGCUGAUAUUCCCGGUCGGUUACCCGGACGAUGCUCUCAUCAAGCACAUUGACUCCCACCUGGAGAACAGCAAGAUCUGAUUACCAUGGCAACAAGCCUGCACACAUCCGUGCUCUCUUCCUAUAGAUUAUGUAAGAGAUGGGCAGACCUGGCCAUUUGGAAAGUCAAAUGUAGAGUCACAGUUGAUCCGUUUGGGGGCGAGUACCACUUAGCUAUGUGUGAAAAUCUAAAUGGUAGACAUGCAAAAUGGCACAGGGCCCCUUUUUAUUUGGUCCCCUGCUUGACAAAAGUAUCUUAUAGUUGUGAAUCUACAUGCAGAGUCCUUUAAGAGAGCUUUAGAAAAAAAUAUCAGUGUAAAAUCACUGGCUCUGGUUGCUGCUGUUUUGUUGAGUAUUGUUGCGUGGUUCCAGGCGGUUUCAGGUAUCGUGUCGUUUAUGCUUCACAGUGUAGUUUACUUUGAUUUAGCAAAGUAUGCUGAGGAGGAACAGGCUUUAGGGGCUCUGCUCGUAACAGGCUAGCGUCGGUGUUCAUCAGUCAAAUGAUCAGGGAGAACAGGCAUCUUCGAAUAGCUCUGUUUUGAUCAGGCUAUUUGCACCACUUAGCUUUAAGUACAGUUUACCUUUGAAAUUUUCUAUCACAUUUACUACAUUUUGCAGAGGAGCCUGUGCAGUAAGCGCCAAGGACAGUGGCUUACCAGCUGGCUUAUUAAAAUGAUCUAACAGACACACAAACAGUAGACAAAAGGUUUCUAAAUUCUUUAUGCUGUAAAGGACUGUCAUGACACAUAUUAUUGGCUGUCUGUUAAUCAGGGUUUGAUGCCACUUCACUUUUAGAAAUAGGUUUGUAACCGUAUAAAACAUUCCACUGACAAUAUCUCAUUUACAGUUAUUAGCUGAGGACAAAGGAAGUGGCAAGCAGAUGAAUAUGACUGUGAAAGUAUGUUUGGGUGUCGGUAUAAAUCAAAUGGUGGUUUGCUGAUGCCCUGCAGGGCGGGGCUCUGAUGUUGAUGCUUUUUCUUUACAAGUGGAAGGGAAAUUUUAGUGAGAAUAUACUUUUAUGCUUGCAGCCUGUUGAAAAAAAAAAAAAAUCUUAGCACUUUAAGUUAGGAUAGCCUACUUGUCGGUUCUCAGUCCCCAUUUAUUUUUCAUGUAUAAUUUACUAUUUAUAUUCUCUGUCAGUAAUUUUGGAGGCAAAAAAAACAAAAAGGAAAAAAAACAAAACAAAACAUGAGGAUAUAUUUUUGCAGAUAUUGACGCACCACGUCUCUUGUUGGUGGCAUAUUUCUCCCAUGUGCUUGCACACUGUUGUAAAUAAAGAAGGUCAGAAUAUCACCGUGCUGAUGGCAUGGGAUACUUUUCUUUUCUGAAGACUUGAAGUUUCAACUGGGAUUCUCCUCGGUCUUCCUAAAUAUCUGCCCUUCUAAACAGUUUGAUGUCAUGACUGCCCAGACCGCCCAACAAAAAGAAAAUAAAACACACAGCUGGCUGGAUGAAAUCAAGACUUCUGACCUGCUUUGAUAGUGUACUGUAUUUCUAUCUCGGAGAUCUAAUACCAGAAACGACAUUUCCAAUCAGCAAGUUAGCUCUGCAGGGUUUAAGCAAAGACGGUACUCUUCUUUUUAUACAUGGGAUUCAUUUUCAUCAUGAGUGAAAUUUUAACUCAAGAUCUAUUUCUGGGACUUCUUUAUUUAUUUAUUUAUUUAUUUAGGAAGAAAAAAAAAAAGUUACACUGAUGUCAGCUCCUCUGAGGCUUUCAGUUAAAUGUGCAGUUUCUAACUUAGGGGAUGCCCCCAAACACACACAACACACACAUAUAACCACGUAUAAAAACAGUUUUGAAGUUUCUGAAGCGAUUUAAGUGUGGUAGAUUAGAGCACACAAAGCAGCGAUUGGUAGUUAGAAUACAUGGAAUAGGGGUUCAAGUUUCUGAAGUACCUUUGAGCAACACUGAUUUUCAACUCUGGUGGUUUUUAUCCAAGUUGUGACUAUUUACUGAGGGUUUAAAGAAAAAAAAAAAAACAUUUCUUCCAUUGAAAAAAGACCAUGUUGGGGUAGAUAAGGCAGCACCGAGUUAAUUCUACCAGUAAAACCAUGAGGGCUUUAUGAUUCCCAGUUAUUAUAUACUGUAUGUAUUUUCCUAUAUCACUCUGUGUAAAAAUAUAUAAGCUGUGUACAGACAGAUAAUUGCAAGUGUGUAAGGCUAAUGCAACAUGUAUGUAUUCUAUCCAACAACUUCAAAUUGGAGUGUCUGUAAAUUAUAUAAAAUAUAUAAUCCUAGCCACCAAAACACAUAUAAAGACACCAGAUAUAUACUACCCUACAGUUUUUCCUCUCUUACGCACUAAGUAAUUGUAUGUCCUCUAGUGAACAUAUAUCCAACAGCCUGCAGAUGAAAACAUACCAGUCUGUUUGAAGCUGCGGGAUGCAUGACAUCUUGGUGUCAUAUGAUUAAAACAGUGAGCACUUUCAGGCAAUGUGAUGUUCAGACUGACGGAUCUGGACUGACGAUGUUACCACAAGUGCACUCGGUGUAAAGAGAAAUUAAAAUGAAUGUCUGUUAGAAGGUUUUGGGGGAAUAUUUAAUCGGUUUAUGACAUAUUUUUGUGCUUUGAUAUUUCUCACAUUUAAGUGAGAAAGACGCACAACAAGUCAGUUUGUAUUAAUAGUGCUGUAACAUUGCAUCACAAACUACAGAUAGAAGCAGAAAAGCCCAAAUCACAAGCGUGUAAAUUGCAUCUGGAAAUUCCAAGUUACAAACAUCAACUUGAAGGUAACCGCAGCUCAUAUACUUGUGGUUUAGAAGAUGUUUUUUUUUUUAUGUGAUACAUCUGAAAAUUUCUCAGUUUUUUUUUUUUUUGUUUUGUUUUUUUGUUUUUCAGAGGACCUAUGUUGGUAUACAACCAAAGAUGAGAUUAUUUCCUGUAUUCUGAAAAACAGAGGGCAUGGCAACAGUUUCAUGUUCACGUCAGUGUGUGAAGACACUACAUUGUGGUUAAUGGUAAAUGGAGGUUUAGAGCUCCAGUCGUUGGACAGCAGGCGAUGCAGAGUAUGACAUGAGACACAGAUAUGUAUGCAGCACCACUCUUCUUUGUUUCACUGUGUUCAUCUGCACAUGUAGAAACUACGCUGGUGUUGUCCACAUAAACAUUACACAGUCUAGUUCAGCUUUAAUAUGUUCUUUUAUUGUCAAAAUGUAAGGCAAAUCAAGAAAUCAGCUGCAAAAUCUGAUACCAUCUUGUCUCUGUGCUUCUUUUUUUUGUGUCCUUAACAAAACAACUCCUAGGUUAACUCAGGAGAUUACCACACGCGUGAAUCCAGCCGUGGAAAAUUAACACUUUGUCAGCGCUGGAUUGAAUUGAAAAUUACCCAAAAAAUUCACACCCUGAGUCACUUUUACAUGUGGUGAAGUCAAAAUUUCUUGGCAUUUACUCAGGAGAAAAUGGCUACAAUCCAGCAGAAUUGCAGUUUAAAACAACAAAAAAAAAAAGAAAGAGAGACGGUACUCACUUGUGUAGAUCCACUCUCUAAGUAAUUCUGGUUCAGGUUUCUGUCCAAGGUGAUGUUAAAGCGCACAUGUAGACCUCAGUACUAAUGAACUCACCACAACACUAAUGAGUAUUGUCUACAGCCUUUGUGUGGUGGAAAAACACUGUUGGCGUUCAAGGAUUUUACAGGUGUUAUUAAAAAAGAUAAGAAUAACAGACGUAUAUUUAAAAAAAAUGGUCUUUCUUUGUCUGUAAAUAUUCGAAUAAAGAAACUGGAACUUG